AUGUCUGUUAGUGGUGUUGAUGAUGUGAUGCAGAAAAAGGCUGAUGAUGCUACUGUUACAUGGAGGGAAUAUGAAGCUCUCCGUGAUCAUUUGCAAGGGGUUAUUACUAGAUCCACUGAAAACAUUGACGCUGAUAUUCAAGCUGUGCAAAUGAAAGUAGAUGCCACUGAAACUACGGUCAAUGCUAUGCAAGCGCAAGUCACUGCUCUCCAGACAAGCAUACAGCAAUUGACAACUUCCGUCAAUGGGCUGCGUGUAACUGUUGAGCAACGCCACCAUGAGGACCAUGGCGAUGUUGAUAGUGUCCAUGGAGAUAAUGAAAACAUGAUGGGCAACAAUGGACGUGGGCGUGGUUUUCCAGGACAGGGUCGACCACCACCACCUGGUGCUCGGCGUGUGCCAUUUCAGGAGGAUGAUGGAUUGGGCAAGCCCAAGUUCACGAUUCCCAGAUUUGAAGGUUCCACUGAUGCGGAGGAGUACCUUACUUGGGAGCUCAAGAUUGAAAAAUUAUGGCGUUUGCAUGAUUACACUGAAGAUAGGAAGAUCAAGCUUGCUUCUUCAGAAUUUGAUGGUUAUGCCUUGCGUUGGUGGGAUAGCAUUGUGACGGAAAGACGAGAUAACAACGAGCUUCCUGUUCUUACAUGGCGCAAUAUGAAGGAGAUCAUGCGAGCUCGUUUUGUUCCCACUAAUUACCUGCGUACUGUUUAUGAUAAAUUGACACAGUUGAAGCAAGGAACCAUGACUGUUGAUGCUUAUUACAUGGAGAUGGAGAUGUUGCUGCAGCGUGCACGUGGUUGA